GCCGCGGCCCCGGGAGGCGGCCGGCGGGCAGGGGCCGCGCGAUGUCGCAUGGAGCAGGGCUCGUUCGCACCACGUGCAGCAGCAGCAGCAGCGCCUUCGGACCCGGGGCCGGCGCGGGGCCGCGGGGCGCGAGCCCCUCCGAGGGGCUGCUGGACCCCGUCUUCCCCCGCACUCACGGGGCGCUGCUGAAAGUGGCGCAGAUGGUCACUCUGCUGAUUGCCUUCAUCUGUGUGAGAAGCUCUCCAUGGACCGGCUACAGUGCCUACAGAUACUUUGAAGUGGUCACCAUUUGCAACUUCAUAAUGAUCCUCGCCUUUUACCUGGUCCACCUUUUCCGCCUCUACCGCAUGCUCACCUGCAUCAGCUGGCCCCUGUCGGAACUUCUGCACUAUUUAAUUGGUACCCUGCUCCUCUUAAUCGCCUCCAUCGUGACAGCCUCCAAGAGUUACAGCCAGAGUGGAGUGGUGGCCGGAGCGAUCUUCGGUUUCCUGGCCACCUUCCUCUGCCUGGCGAGCGUGUGGCUGUCGUACAAGAUCUCGUGUGUGACCCAGUCAACAGAUGCAGCCGUCUGAGGACCCCACAGCCUCCUCCUGGCCCACCGGAGGCCCUGCAGGACGCGGGGCCCCGCCCGCGGGAGGAUCAGUGGGCCAGUGCCCUCAGGAAAGACUUCUGAGCCUGUGUUCCUGUGCCAAGGUCCCGGCCCCCCGGGGCCAGCGGGCCCAGGGCCCGGCCUUCAUGUUCCACGCUGGGCUCCUGAGCCUGAACCUCAUUUUCCAGUCUUCCUUGGAGAAGAGUCCUCCCCAUCUGGGAAAGAAAAGCAGCCUCUGGGGAAAUCUGGUCUCCCUCCUGCUUUGAGCACCGCCUGAGGGACUAGUGACCCCCCUUAACACAGUGCAGGGGUUUCUGAAUACUCCUGCAGUAAUCCGCUUCUACUUCGCAUUCCUCAGGGGAGUGAAGCUGCCUUAGGUCUGCCUGUGAAAACAACGCCAUCUCCUAACUUACCCAGCUUGGAAAUCUGGUCUUGAGGCUAUACCCCUCUUUCUUAAAGAGAGGCAGGCCUGUAUUAGCACUGUGUGGUCAGCCCGUCCCCAGAGAGAGCUCAGUCUUCUUUCCCUGCUCUGCCUUCAUGACCAUUGUGUGUGUGCGUGUGUGUAUGUGCGUGUGUGUAUUUUUUAAUAAAAUAUUGACUUGGCCAAUUGCA